AUGACUGAAUUCGUGCAGAAGUUCACAUGGCUAUAUUUCCCCGAUCCAGCAGUACCAUUCUACCGAGUGACAAUAUUCUCUCGGUACGGUGAAGUGACGCCUGAUAGCAGCAAAUAUUGGUCGGUGAUGUGUGAAUGCGCACGGAACAUUGAUGAUAAGAUUACCAAAGAAGAGAUGAGCGAAUUAGCGAUCAAUGGUCUGAUCAAGAAAGGAAUAAUGUGUCGCGAGAAAAUCGUUGAUGUAUAUUCAGUAGUGCUGGAUUAUGGAUAUCCAAUACCUUCUGUGGAGCGUGACAGCGAACUGGCACGAGCACAUAAGACUCUCGAGGAACAUCAAAUCUUUUCAAGAGGUCGUUUCGGUGGCUGGAAGUAUGAGGCAUCGAAUCAAGAUCACUGCUUCAUUCAAGGCAAGGAAGUCGUCGAUAGAGUCUUACUGAACGAACCUGAGCGGUUGUACAAAACCGGCGUAGCACUCAAACAAGGAUAA